AACCGACCCGGCCCAAACCCAUGAUCCGUUCAACCAAUCGAGCAAAAUCCGAGGUGCUGGUUCUAGUCUUUGCCGUCAGCAAAGCAGGCUCAAGCGUAACCCUUCUGUAGCCGACUCGCUGUCGUUAUUCUUCGAUCAGGCGGUACGGAUCUCCGUUUUCAGAGACAUGGUGGUCUGGCAGAGACAUUUGCAGUCAUUACUUCGCCAGGUUGGGAAAAGAGUGGAGCAUAAUUACAAUGCUCUUGCAAACUUCUCCUCUUCUUCUUCUCGUGCAGAAUCCUCUUUUUUAACUGGCGAAUUGCCAUAUUUUCAGAGAUUGUGGAAAUCACCUUCUGCCAAUGUCCUUAGGCCUUUCUAUCAGUAUGUGCAGCAGUCGGGAAUCUCCAGUUCAAGGAAAUUACUGGCAGAUUCUUUUGAGGAAACACCCAUUCGAUCUCCACUAACUCCCGCUUUAACUCCACUAAGUGGUGGAACAACUAAAGAACAGAAGGCAGUCUCUAAGACAUCAAAAGUUCAAGCAGUACUAAAGGGCAUAAAACAGAGUCCCAAGAAAAUAAAUUUGGUUGCUGCAUUGGUUCGUGGCAUGCGUGUUGAAGAUGCAUUGUUGCAGUUGCAAGUCACAGUAAAGCGUGCUUCAAAAACUGUCUACCAGGUUAUUCAUUCAGCUCGAGCAAAUGCAACUCAUAAUCACGGAUUGGAUGCAGAUCGUCUACUUGUUGCCGAGGCAUUUGUCGGAAAGGGAUUUUUCAAGAAGAGAAUUGCUUGCCAUGCAAAGGGGAGACAUGGAAUUAAAGUAAGACCAGAAUGUCGACUGACAGUAGUAGUUAGAGAGACAACCCCCGAAGAGGAGGCUAAGAUUGCCAGGCUAAGAGUGCACAAUUUCCGCAAGCUUUCUAAGCGGGAAAGGCGGCUUGUGCCACACAAGCUUAUUGAGACCACUCCAAUUUGGAAUCGCAAAGGCAAAGCUGCUGAUCGUGAACCAAUUGGUGUGGCUUCAUGAGGUGGUGUUCCUUCCUUUUUCAAGUUUCAUGUUGUGAUAGAAAAUUUUGUGGGAAGUCUUAAAAGAACUCCAUCCCAUGAUUUUUCGCUCUAUGAGGGAUAGUACUGAAGAAUUGCAUAUGCCAAUGCGCACGAAAGAUGGCAACCUUAUCUUCAUAUCAGAUAAUGCUGCGUGGAUGCUCAAAUCCUUGAUGUCCAUUAUAUUUACCAGUGAAACAUUUUCAUUUUGGAUAUUUUUUAUGUUAUUGAGAGCAACAAUUUUUCUUU